GGAAGGACAUGUAAAAAAAACUUGAGGGAAAAAGAAGAAGAAAAGGAGGGACUAUAGUCAAAACCCUAAUAGUUGUAGGGUAAAUCUACAUUGAACUUGUUAGCCGAUAGGCAAUUUCCAGUAUGGAGGGAAUACAGAAGGCUUUUCGUAGUGCCAUGUCUCAGGAUCCAAAUAGCAGUUUAGGUUCUAUUUCUGCUGCUCUUGAAAAGGCACCCAUAAAAUCUUCUUCUUCUUCUUCUGUUUCGUCGGCUGAUCACUCACAGCUUUUGCUUACUCGGUCUUCCAGACAAGCAGUAUCACUGUGGACCUGCUCAAAGCUCUGUGCCAUUUGUUUUGUUGCUGGAAUAUUUGUUGGUUAUACACUAAAACGUCGUGUACGCCGAUGGGCUUCCAAAUUUCUCAAGGGAUUGAAGGACUAACAAGUUUUAGAUACUUACAGUUUCUGAUUGUAAUUUCAUUUGCCAUGUCGGUAUCACAAUGUACUUUUUUUGCCAUAUAUACAGAAGUCUUUUAUGGUUUUUGGCUGCAUAAGCACUGAAUUGUAUUUAUAUUCAUUGUUUCCCAGUGUUUGAUACAAAAGGAAUUUAUCGACUUUCUUCAGUA